AUGUCGACAUAUCCAGUGGCCUAUAAUGGCUCGGCGACAGGGACCGGCGGAGACUCCUUGACGGAGGAUCUCAACAUAUACUAUAGUUCCGGUGACAUUGCGUGGGUGAUCACUUCGACCGCAUUGGUCCUGCUGAUGAUUCCCGGUGUUGGCUUCUUCUACUCUGGCCUCGCUCGUCGGAAGUCCGCCCUCUCCCUCAUCUGGCUCUCGAUAAUGUCGGUUGGCGUGGUAUCAUUCCAAUGGUUCUUCUGGGGUUACUCGCUGGCCUUCUCCCAUACUGCCGGAAAGUAUAUCGGUGAUCUUGAGAACUUCGGUUUCAAGGGUGUUUUGGCUGCCCCUUCGGUCGGCAGCAGCAAGGUGCCAGAUCUGCUCUUCGCCAUCUUCCAGGGAAUGUUCGCUUGCAUUACUGUAGCGCUCGCCGUCGGUGCUGUCGCCGAGCGUGGUCGCAUGCUUCCUUGCAUGGUAUUCUCCUUCAUCUGGUCGACGAUCAUCUAUGAUCCCAUUGCUUGCUGGACCUGGAAUUCGUCGGGUUGGGUCUUCCAGCUGGGUGGCUUGGAUUUCGCAGGUGGCACACCUGUGCACAUUGCCUCUGGCUCUGCGGCCUUGGCCUACUCGUUGAUGCUCGGAAAGCGUCGCGGACACGGCACCCAUGAGCUCAACUACCGUCCCCACAAUGUCACCCACGUCGUCAUCGGUACCGUGUUCCUCUGGGUGGGCUGGUUCGGAUUCAACGCCGGCUCAGCCUUGAGCGCUAACCUGCGCGCGGUGAUGGCGGCUGUUGUGACCAACAUUGCUGCCGCUGUUGGUGGUGUCACCUGGUGUAUUCUGGAUUACCGCCUGGAGAGAAAGUGGUCGACAGUGGGCUUCUGCUCCGGUGUCAUCGCCGGCCUCGUCGCCAUCACUCCUGGAUCAGGCUUCGUUCCCCCAUGGGCUUCCUUCAUCUUCGGCGUUGUCGGUGCCGUUUCCUGCAACUAUGCCACCAAGCUCAAGUACUGGCUCAAAGUUGACGAUGCCCUGGAUAUCUUCGCCGUCCAUGGCAUUGGUGGAAUGGUCGGCAACAUUUUGACUGCGUUCUUUGCUGCUGAUUACAUUGCGCACCUCGACGGCUUCUCUGAGAUUCCCGGAGGCUGGCUCAACCACAACUGGAUCCAGCUCGGUUACCAGCUGGCCGACUCCGUCACUGGCUUUGCCUACUCUUUCUUUGGUACCUGCCUCAUUCUCUUCCUGAUCAACUUGGUCCCCGGACUCAGCCUGCGCGCUGCCGAGGAGGAUGAGAUCCUGGGUAUUGAUGACGCUGAGAUCGGCGAGUUUGCUUAUGACUAUGUCGAGAUUACUCGCGAUGUGCUCACUGGUGUUGAGGGCACUGAUGGCGUUGACAGCGCCUCCAAGCGUACAGCCACUCCCACCGAGGGUCAGCCUGGCACCAUUGAGACAAAGGCUUGA